UCUCUACUGCUCUCCGCCGCUGUUACUGACAAGGCUUGGAGCCUGGUUGGGGGCGGGCCUUCCGGCAAAGGGGGCCGGCGGGAGAGGAAGGUCAGGACGAGUGACUGGUGCUCCUCGCUGCUCCAGAGAUGUCCUCACUUUCAGAAUAUGCCUUGCGCAUGUCGCGUCUGAGUGCCCGGCUGUUUGGUGAGGUUGCCAGGCCUACUAAUUCCAAAUCCAUGAAAGUGGUGAAGCUGUUUAGUGAGCAGCCUUUGGCCAAGCGGAGGGAGACUUAUGACUGGUACCCAAAUCACAACACUUACUUCGCACUCAUGGGGACACUGCGUUUUCUUGGCCUCUACAGAGAUGAGCAUCAGGACUUCAAGGACGAGCAGUUGCGUCUAAAGAAGCUUCGUGGAAAGGGGAAGCCAAGGAAGGGAGAAGGGAAAAGAGCCACGAAAAAGAAGUAGCGUCGGCCCGUCAGAGAGAAGCCUUCCUCCUCAGCGGCUGCGAGCAGAGGAACGUGGCCUGUGCCUUUUCUUCCCGGAGCUUAUUUAUGCUCUUUGAGGGGCGCACACCUCCUAAGCUGACAGUUAUCUGGAGGAACUGUCAUCUCCAUGUUCAAGCCUGACCCCGUUUAAUUGUGAUGGGUUAUUUUGAACACAUUCUAAUUCUGAACCAUUAUUUUGGCCUUGGUUUACCUCAUUCUCUAAAGAAACGAAUGCAUAAGUUA